AUGGGCAAAGAAGAUGGAAAGUCGUGUCAGCGGGUGACGGUGAGGAUGACGAUCAGGAAGAACGACUGUCGCAGUAACAGGCCGGUGAACAUCGUGUCAUGUGACGGGAAGUGUCCGUCCGCCAGCAUCUACAACUACAACAUCAACACGUACGCUCGCUUCUCCAAGUGCUGCCGGGAGACGGGUCUGCAGCGGCGCUCGGUGCAGCUCUACUGCAGCGGCAACGCAACCUGGGUCAGCUACAGCAUCCAGGAGCCCACUGACUGCUCCUGCCAGUGGUCCUGAACACACUCACAGAGUACUGUGUUCUGGUGCCUCUGCUGGCAGGGAGGUCGAACUGAAGCUUCAUCUGCAGUAGUUGACAUGUGACAACUUUAUUUGUCAUUUAUAUUAAUAGUUUCGAUUUUAGCCGAGAAUGGUUUUAACGCUGCAAGAUGCAAUUUCACAAAAAAUAAAUGUAAAAACUGCACUUGAAGCUGUUUACGUAUAAUUUUACCAUCAUCUGUAGUUAAAGAUGGACGACAUGGCUGCUCCUCAAAAGUGAAGCCAGCUCAUCUUGAGUGCCCCUUGCUGGCUGGCUGCAGUAUAAUGCAUAAAUCUUGGUUGCCCCAUGUUAGUAUUUGGGAUCAGAGAUAUUAUGGCUUCAUUUUUGAUCAACAGGAGGAAGUUGAGACGUCGUCCAUCUUUAUUUUACAGUCCAUGGUUCAAAGUUACUGUUCAAACUGCUGUAGCGCCACCUCCCUGUCAGCCUGCACACUCUCCACUCUCUUAUUAAGACAAUAAAUUGUAAAUGUACUGAUUAUACACAUCUUUUAGAUAAUCAGAGGGAGUCAGGUGAAUGAACUGAUCUGAAUCCAGCAGUAGUGGAGCACUUUAUUUAUUUAUUGGAGUUCAAUAGAGCAAAACUGUUUUUAUUUCGUGGAAACAUUUGGUCCAGUGGAGAAGAAACAAACCAAACUUUGAUUUGGUUCAAUUAUUGAUGACAGAAAAUACAGGGAGAGCCCGGUGGAGAAUUAUAGAUGCAUGUUUCUCUGUAGACCAAACUUCUUUCAACAUUUGUUCAUAUCAAUCACUGGAUAUUU